UGUAUUGAGCCGAUAGUUUGUACUUUGGUACAAGUCGCUUCGAUAUAAAAGGAUCGAAAAUGUACAUGGUCGAGGAGUAUGAAAACGCCAGCAAGUCCCAAUAUUGUGAUGCGCUUGAAAUAAUUGAAGAAUUCGAGAAGGAGAUGUCCGAGAUGAAGGGCAAGUGCAUAGACAUCGGAUGCGGACCCGGGGACGUAACGAAACGGCUGAUCUUACCGAGAUUAUCAUCGGAUGCUGUACUAGUUGGGGCGGACAUAUCAAAACCGAUGAUCGAUCACGCGAAGCAAAAGUACCAGGACGAGAAACGCUUGUCGUUCUUGCAGUUGGAUAUCGAAGCUACGGUUUUGCCUAACGAAGAGAUAGGACAAUUCAGCAAUGCCUUAUCCUUCUAUUGUUUCCAUUGGUGCCAAAACACAUGGCGAGCUUUCGAGAACGUGUACAAGCUAUUGCGACCAGGAGGGAAAGCACUGAUCAUGUUCCUAGCCUGGAACAACGGGUUCGACGCUUAUGUGAAGCUGCACGAAAAUCCUCGAUACAAACCGUAUAUGCAGGACGCGGAUCGUUACAUACCCUUCUUCCAACGGUACAAGGACUCUCGGGCAGCCCUGAGGAAGAUGCUUGAAGGAAUCGGCUUCGAGAUUCUACACUGCAGCAAAAGAGAAAAGAGCUUCGUUUACGAGAACAUGCAGAUAUUGAAAAAUCACACGAUCGCUGUCAACCCGUUCAUCUCCCGGAUCCCUGAUGAUCUGAGACAGGAGUUCGAGGACGCGAUCGUGCGUGAAAUAGCGAGCCGGAAGAUCCUGUUCCCGAACAAGACCAACAAUGAUCAAGAAGAGUACAGUAUUUUAGAUAGAUAUCACAUUCUUGUGGCAUACAUCAAGAAACCUAUCGCUACGUGUUAAGAAAUUCAUUAGACAUUCAUAUGACGCGUUCGUACGAGCGAACAAGAGAUCUAUCGUUUCUUUAAUAAAAAACAUUUGUCGUUCUUUAAUAAAACAAAUUGCGUUUCACUUCGUUCUUAUAGUGACCAUCCUAAGGGUUUCUACCCCCAAGUUGGGUAUCCAAAAUCUAAAAUAAUUAGAAGUUAAUGUUUCUACAACACUAAACUUUAUUGUACACUAUAUCUUUGAUUUUACAAUACGGUACAGCCAUUUAUAGAAUAUCGUUAAAACUCAUAUAUCGUCGAUACGGAUAUAAUAACUGGGUCUCAUUGUUUUUCCUUUAAUUCGUGGUGCUUAUCCAUAACAGGGAGUAACAAUAUUUUUUCUAACGCUUUUGCCUAAAAAAAGUACACCCAAAAUCGGUUGGAAACCGAUCGACAUCGAUUGUUUCGGUACUCUGACGUUUCUUCGAGGUCCGAGAAACCGAAUCGCGACACUGAGAACAAGAAGAAUAUCCCAACGACUAGGAUCUCCUUUUCUCCUUUCUUAAACAAUUCAACCAGUACGGAGGAUAUUCUUCUCGUUGUCGUGGAAAGAACGCGAAAACGCAUCGAUCCGUCGAGGAAAACGGUACCGAAACUCUAAAAUGGAAGCAACUCGAGAUUCUAGCGCGUUUCGCGAACUCUUGUCCCGCAAAGGAACAGAAGCAAGAACGAAAGCGUUUUGUCUCGUAGCGCGAUGCUUCUACAUCGUUAACGAUACACCUAAAACACGUAGCUGUCCGAAGCGAAGAAAAACAAUGUAAAUGCGUCGAAAUCGAAAAAAUAUUCCGAAAUGUCAAGGAAAAACAGUCCGAUCGAGGGAACGAGUUGUGUACGAUGGUGGUUCACCACCAGAUCAGGAAGAAAAGGCGAGGCGUGUACACGUAUAAAAAACGGCUCAAAAAAUCCUUAUCGUUACGGAAGAUCUGUGCGGACUGAAUUCGCAAUGAAAAUUGCGGAAACGGAGGACGAGCUUGGUGGAGGAUGUGCGUCGCGUCUCCUACAAGAGACAAAACCGCGAGGACACGUCGAUCCGUGUGACACGCACACACGCAUACAUUCUCACACGUAGUCAAAAAGAAAAAGAGAAAAUAUAUAUACUACGUAUGCACUGAGAUUCUGCAAUCGAACGAGCUUUGGCGAGAUUCUUACAUUGGAAAAUUGAGUCAAUCAAAGAUCGAGGGUCGUCGAGAUUAAAAAAUAAAAAAAAAAAAAA